AUGUAUGUUUCCCGCUACCAUCACAAACGAGUCGACCGCUCACCCUCCACAUCUAAGGGUGGUCGCGCACACCGACAGCCUCGGCUGCCGGCAUGUCAACUACGUCGCAAUCCCGUGUCCGACGCGGGGAGUAGCUGGGCAGAAGAACCUGAGGGCAAAGUCAGCGCGGGGUCACCGAGCUCGGGCGCAGGCGGUUCCGCAGGGCGCCUGAUGGGAGCCAACACGGUACCACUGCCGCUGUGCAGCGGCAGAGGCGAGAGCGAGGUCCGCGUGCGCUCGCGCGGAUCGCGGAUCUUGCGAUGCGUCGACGUACGUGUCUACCGAACGCCCGCCGCGGCCGCAUCACCGGGCGCGCUUGAACCUCCUAACGAGCAGCGGCAUCUGGCUGCCCUACGACCCCCCAUCCCCAACCAGCAACAUCCCGCUCCUUACUUCGAGGUCGAGAACGCCCCGGCCUCUUUUUCUUUCUCCUUCCAGGGCGUAGGUGUUGCGAUCAACGGCUCGCGCAUCUGGGGCAGCUAUGCGUACGACGUCACCCUCGACGACCAAGCGGCAGUCACCUACAACGCGAGCACGAUGUGGUUCAUCGGAGACGCGCUCCUGUACUAUCAGGACGGGCUGGAUCCCACCAAGACCCACACCAUCAACGUUCUGCCUACCGUCGGCGCUGGCCUCAAGUUCUGGCUGAACACAGUCACUGUCUUUACCGAUAAUCCUUCAGAAGUUGGCGGACUUAUCAGUGCGCCCUCCUCGAGCACUCAGCCAUUAGGGGGCACAACAUCCGACGCCCCUUCCUCCGCGGGACACUCAAAGACGAAUACUGGCGCCAUCGCGGGUGGCGUCAUUGGCGGCCUCGCCUUCGUCGCGCUCGUCGCCGGGCUCCUCUGGUACUUCGCCCGCCGCAGGCGGCAGAACCCGAAAGUGUUCGACCGCGAACAGCCAUCCCCGUUCCUCGCCACACCCUCCACCGCCGCCCCCAUGGCGGAGGCGAGCCCGUUUGUCCCGACGCAGCGCAGCCCAUAUACGCCGCCCCGGGGCGACACGAAGCUGCCCAUACUGGCGAUCGGCUCGGACGGCUAUGUACCGUCCCAAACACGCGCCCUGCCCGCGCUCCCCUCUGGUUCCGCGUCAUCGUCCGCGCCGUCUGAGUCCGGGCGCACGGUCUCCGAUCACUCUCUUGCGCAUGGCUCCGCCGCGCAGGCGGCUGCGGUGACCUCGCCGACGACGACGCACGUCUCGUCCCCGGCGGAGUCGAAUCCCGAUCCCAACGUCGCGGUGGACAGAAUCAUACACCUCCUCGCGGAGCGCAUGGCCACACGUCCGCCGCGGCAGUCGGUGUAUGGCACAGACGUGCCCCCUCCGGAGUAUGGCGCUUGA